CUAGUGAUAUAGCGAGCCUCUUAUUCGAUCAUCCCACUCCGAGGUCCGCACUGCCGAGAUUAUAAACGGAACGGAGUCCCGAUAACGGAGUGGGAAUUGCCUUCCGGACUCCAUAUUUAUCCCUCGUUAUCCAGAUGCUCUAACGAAGUAUGCCCCUAUCCGCCUAUUGAUGGCGUAACAAUUGCGUAUCUCAACGGGGUAGAUUCGGCUUUCACCAAAGCAUCUAAGGAUCAUCGAGCUACUAGGUUCCGGUUCAGAGCUACUAACAGAUCGCCGACCUAUUAAGAAGUUACUUUACCCCGCCGCCGUUGUAGGCGCAUACAUUGUUAGGUAGUAUUAGUGGAGAUCUAUAUCUCGACUUUCCCUGUCGAGUCAUCAUCUACUUUAUCCUAACUAUCUCUAUCAUAUACCUUCAUAUACUAUCUUUUAACUUCUCGCAUCUGUCUAACUACCAAUAUUACAUCUGCUUAGAACAUAGAUUAGACUGUCUGUUUAUAGAGGACAGUCUAGAUUUCUUUGUUGGAAUAUAAUAGACGAACGGAUAACCGGCCAGGAAACCGGAAGAACACGGAUCAUGGCGGACGGGCAAAGUAACGGGGUACCCGUACCAGAUUCUACUAAGCAGGAACUCGUCGACGACGUGGUUCACGAGGCAUCUAUCGCAGUUCCCGUCGUAUAUACCGACGAUGGCAAACCGACGACAACAAGGGAGUUGGCGUCCAGGCUGCAUCACCUCUCGUUAUCGGCGCAGAGCAUUCACGCCGACGACUUCCUCAACUCCCACCAGGCCGUUGCUCCGCCCAUGCACGUCUCGACAACGUUCAGAUAUAGCAAUAACCCGGACGAGCUCAAGCUAUGGGUUAACGUCAACCCCGCCAACCCCCACGACUCACACAUGUACUCGCGCGACACCGCGCCGAACUCCCUGCGCUUCGAAACAGUCCUAACCUCGAUCCUCAACGGGCCCGCGCUCUCCUACAGCUCCGGGCUCUCCGCCUUCCACGCGCUCCUCGUCUUCCUCAACCCCAAACGCAUCGCCAUCGGCGACGGCUACCACGGCUGCCACGGCGUCAUUGCGCUCCUAUCCAAACUCACUGGUCUUACUACCGUUCCGCUUUCCGCGGACUUCGAAACGGAGUUGCGGCCGGGUGAUGUCGUGCAUGUCGAAACACCGUUAAACCCGACGGGCGAAGCGAGGGAUUUGGCCAGCUUUGCGGAGAGGGCGAGGAAGGCGGGCUGUUGGUUGUGUGUUGAUGCGACGUUUGCGCCGCCCCCGCUCAUGGACCCGUUUGUGUUGGGCGCGGAUGUCGUGAUGCAUAGCGGGACGAAGUAUUUCGGCGGGCACAGCGAUAUGCUUUCCGGUGUUUUGGCCGUGAACCCCAAACACGCGGAUUGGAUCGAGAAGCUGCGGGCCGAGAGGUUGGUUUUGGGGUCUGUGAUGGGCAGUUUUGAGGGGUGGUUGGGUGUGAGGAGUUUGCGGACGUUGGAGAUUCGCGUGAGGAAGCAGAGUCGGGAUGCGGAGGAGCUGGUUACGUGGUUGGCCGGGCAGGCGAGGCAGGGGGGUGAGGUGGAUGAUUUGGUGCUGGAGGUUAAGCAUGCGAGUUUGCAGAAGGCGGAUUUGGAGAGCGGGUGGUUGAGGAAGCAGAUGCCGAAUGGGUUCGGCCCGGUGUUUGCGGUGUAUAUGAGGGAUCAGGAGGACGCGCGCAGGUUCCCGAGUAAGUUGGAGCUGUUCCAUCAUGCGACGAGUUUGGGUGGUGUGGAGAGCUUGGUCGAGUGGAGGGCUAUGACGGAUGCGACGGUUGAUAAGAGAUUGCUUCGUUUUAGUAUUGGGUUGGAGGGGUUUGAGGACUUGAGGGAUGAUUUGGUGAAGGGGUUUGAGGCGUUGAGGAAGGAGAAGAAGAGUAGAGGGACUGGAGGUGCGAAUGUAGUUGGUGGGAUAUGAUGGAUAGGUGGAUGAGGGAAACGAGGUUGAGGUAGAGCGAGGCGAAGAUUCAUGGUGUUUAUGUGAAUAUGAAGCUAGGGACUGGGCAUAUAAACAGCCUAAUUAGACGAUAGAACGUCGUUUUGGCUUGAAUUAGAUUGCUUAGAAGAUUCUUCGAGUCUCCGAAUCACAGAUGUAUUUACACCUCGAGUUGUCCGGCUUCCUUCUUCAACUGGAGAGAAGAUAGAUAGUCGACAGUUUAAUAUCCUACUUAACGUACACAAAUUGAUAUCAGAA